AUUGGCACUUCCACCGCAAGUCCUCCUCAACCUUCAGAUCACUACAUCCCACUAUGCUUUGCGAUGGUCUGACAAGUGGAUCCAAGAUGGCGUAGAAAGUAAAGCUAGAUGUUCUGUCCCUGAGUCAUGGCAGACAGGAGAGCGGAGAAGUCAUGUGAAGAAGCCAGCAAAUCGUUAGCAAGGCGGGAGUACGAGGCGGCGGUCACCCACAGCACGGACGCCCUGGUGGUCCUCGCGCCCCAAGCCUCGUCGCCCGGCGCCCCCGUACUGCCCAGCCCUCCCUCGGCGGUCGCCGCCGGACCCCUCCGCAGCCGCGCCCUGCUCUACCGAAUUGCUGCCUUCCUACAGCUGAAAAACUACGACGGAGCAGAUGAAGACUGCAAACAUGUAUUGGCAGAUGAGGUUGCCCGGGGUGACGGCUCUCUACAGGCUAGUUUGCGCUCCAUGCUUUUGGAUGGCAGCCUGCAAGAGGUGGUCAGCAUCCUAUCUAAAGCCCAAGUUGUAAAGGUGGAGGUCCAGAAUGGCAUCGUUACAAAAGACCUGACCAGAUUAAAAAUGCUCUUCUCCGAAAUUGAGGCAACAAAAAGAGAGAUGGCCCCUGAAUACACAGAUGACCAGGAUGAAGAAGUCCAAGAUGGCUGGCAGUUCCGGCCUCCUCCCAGAGGGGUCACUAGCAGCGAGGAGUACACACUCUGCAAAAGGUACUUGGAGCAAGGCCUGUGUCGGUACGGGGCACAGUGUACGUCGGCCCACUCGCAAGAGGAGCUGAUGGAGUGGCAGAAACGUUACGCCUCCCGACUCAUUCGCCUCAAACAGCAGCAGGAAAGCAAACACUUCACUGAGAACUACAUGGAAACUCUAAUCGAAAAGUGGAUGAACUCCCUUUCCCCGGAGAAAGUGUUAAGUGAUAGUCUAGAAGGCGUGACAGUUGAGACCAGCUCCGGCCUUUCUGUUACAGUCACCUCGAAAAAAUCCUCCAACUCCUGGAUCUUUUCCUUGUUGUGCAAGCCGGCCAGAAAGCUGUUCCGCAUUGCCUUGCUCUACGACGCCCAUCGACCACACUUCUUCAUCACCGGCGUGUCAGCCGGGGAUCGCCUGCAGUCGGUUCCCAAAGGAUGCCAAGAGUGGACGCCCGGAGACGAUUCAGCGGCAGCGGCCAACAACGGCCUCGACCACUGCGUCUACAAAGUGGCGGUGGGCUUCAGCACCGAGAUCUUUGGCACCUUCAGACAGACCAUCGUGUUCGACUUCGGCUCCGAGCCGGUGCUGAUGCAGAGGAUCAUGGUGGACGCCGCCUCGAUCGAAGACUUGGAGCACCUGCUGGCAGCCAGGCAGCAGCUGCUGAUAACCGCCAAGCGCUGGGACUCGUCCUGUAAAACCAUCGUGGAAUUCACGCCCAACGAGACGGUGGCCGACCUGGAGAGGAGCCUGCUGGCCCGCUACCAGAUCCCUCUGUCGGCCGACCAGCUCUUCACCCAGUCCGUCCUGGACAAGACGCUGACCAAAGACAACUACCAGGCCCGGCUGCACGACCUGCUCUACAUAGAGGAGAUUGCUCAGUACAAGGAAGUCAGCAAGUUUAACAUCAAGGCCAACCUCCAGCUGGUAACCAGCUUCAUGCUAACUGGGAUUUCUGUUGGAGCCAAGUACGCUCAGAACGGACAGCUCUUUGCACGCUUCAAACUUACUGAAACACUUUCCGAGGACACUCUGGCUGGGAGACUAGUAAUGACCAAGGUGAAUUCAGUUCUGCUGCUGCCGUUGGGGAGGGAAGGGUUCGGCGGUCACGCUCCUUCUGGGGUCAAAGAGCGCGUUUAUGAGGCUGUGAUAGAGGAGAAGACCAAGGAUUACAUCUUCCUGAGGAUUUGCAAGAGCUGCUGCGAGGAGCUGAUGCUGCAGCCUGACAGAGAAAUACAGGUGGAGCUCCAGUUUCAGCUCAACAGACAGCCACUGUGUGAGAUGCACUACGCCCUGGAUCGCAUCAAAGACAACACCAUCCUUUUCCCUGAUGUUGGCCUUGUGCCCACAAUCCCCUGGAGCCCAAACAGGCAGUGGGACGAACAGCUGGACCCCCGUCUGAAUGCCAAGCAGAAAGAGGCCAUCCUGGCCAUUACCACACCCAUCUCCAUCUCUCUUCCCCCAGUCCUCAUCAUUGGGCCCUAUGGUACCGGCAAGACCUUCACCCUGGCACAGGCUGUCAAACACAUUCUUCGCCAGGACACCAGCAGGGUCCUGAUCUGCACUCAUUCCAACAGCGCAGCUGACCUUUACAUUAAAGACUAUCUUCAUCCAUAUGUCGAAGCAGGCAACGAGCACGCCAGACCUCUCAGGGUAUAUUUCAGGAACCGCUGGGUGAAGACCGUCCACCCGGUGGUCCAGCAGUACUGUCUCAUCUCCAGCACACAGGUCACUUUCCAGAUGCCGACAAGGGAGGACAUCCUCAGGCACCGUGUUGUCGUGGUCACCCUCAGCACCUCCCAGUACCUCUGCCAGCUGGAUUUGGAGCCUGGGUUGUUCUCCCACAUCCUGUUGGAUGAAGCAGCUCAGGCCAUGGAGUGUGAAACCAUCAUGCCUUUUCCUCUUGCUAGCAAGACCACCCGCAUCGUGCUGGCUGGGGACCAUAUGCAGCUCAGUCCGUUUGUGUACAGCGAGUUUGCACGGGAGCGCAACCUGCACGUGUCACUGCUGGACCGGCUGUAUGAGCACUACCCCCCCGAAUUUCCCUGUCGCAUCCUCCUGUGCGAGAACUACCGCUCCCACGAAGCUAUCAUAAACUACACAUCCGAGUUAUUUUACGACGGGAAGCUCAUUGCGAGUGGGAAGCAGCCGUGCCAUAAGGAUUUCUACCCGCUGACCUUCUUCACAGCCAGAGGAGAAGAUGUCCAGGAGAAGAAUAGCACUGCCUACUACAACAAUGCAGAGGUGUUUGAGAUUGUGGAGCGGGUGGAGGAGCUGCGUAAGAAGUGGCCGGUGGCCUGGGGGAAGCUGGACGAGGGCAGCAUCGGGGUGGUGUCGCCGUACGCCGACCAGGUCUUCCGCAUUCGUGCCGAACUCCGAAAGAAGAGAAUGCACGAGGUCAGCGUCGAAAGAGUGCUUAACGUCCAAGGUAAACAGUUCCGGGUGCUGUUCCUCAGCACGGUGCGGACGCGGCAUACCUGCAAGCACAAGCAGACCGCCAUCAAACGCAAAGAGCAGCUGGUGGAGGAUUCGACCGAGGACCUCGACUACGGUUUCCUGUCAAACUACAAGCUGCUCAACACGGCCAUCACCAGAGCUCAGUCCCUGGUCGCCGUGGUGGGAGACCCCAUAGCGCUCUGCUCUGUUGGACGCUGCAGAAAAUUCUGGGAGCAUUUUAUCUCAAUCUGCCACGAGAACUCCAGCCUGCACGGCAUCACCUUCGAGCAGAUCAAGGCUCAGCUGGAGGCCCUGGAGCUCAAGAAGACGUACGUCCUCAACCCCCUGGCCCCGGAGUUCAUCCCUCGGGCCCUCAGGCCCCUUCAGGGACACCAGUCUUCCUCCCAGGGCCUUCAUCCCCACCAUCAUCCUCAUCCUCAGCACGGUCUGCCUGCCUCCAACAAGCAGGCCGCGCAGCAUCACCAACAACAGCAGCAGCAGCAGUCCCCUCCAAAGGGGAAACAGUCGAACCACACAGAGCACCUCCCACCCGAUGGAUAUGUGCAGUCCAGCCCUGCUGUGUUGAUGGGAAACCCCAUCCGGGCCUUCACGCCCCCUCUGGGUGCCACGCCGGCCGGCAUAGGAAAGUCGCCCAGCCCCGUGCAGCGCAUCGACCCUCACACCGGAGCCAGCAUCCUCUACGUACCAGCUAUGUACGGAGGAAACGUGGUCAUGCCCAUGCCUCUGUCGUUGCCCUGGCCAGGUUACCAGAACCGCUUUGCUGUGGACCCUCGCAUCAUGAGCCACCCGGCGGCCAUGGCCUACAACUUAAACCUGCUUCAGCCGCAGAACCGAGGCUCUCCCAUCCCUUAUAGCGGCGUCGCCCACCCCUCUCCUUUAGGACUGGCCCAGCUCAGCCCAGAGAAGGACCUGCAGGCCGACCUCAUCAGGAACGGUAAAGUAGACGGCUGCACAAAGGCCGAACAGACCCGUCUUCAGACGCCAGAGAGGAAAAACGCAGACAUAAGGGAAAAACAGGGAGAUUUAGACACCGGUCAAAGUCGAAGUUUAGAUUCCCAACCAGAGGGUCUGGUUGGCUUUCCGAACGCUCUGCUUCACCGAAAAGACCCUUCAGCUACCCAAAGAUCCCUCAACUACCACCUGGCACCGCCCAGCCCAGCUUUUCCUCCACACCCCGCCAGCGGAAGAACCUUCCCCCAGCAGUACCCCGUUCCUAGACUUCCCUACCGGGUCGGCCAGCCUCAACAUCCAGGGAUGCCCCAACAGAAUCAGCAGCAACAGCUCAGUCCUGCCUUCACUGGUGGAAGCCACGCUUCCUUCUUCAGCGGUUCCAUGGCCGCUCACCGAUCCGUGCAAUCGCCCACCGUGGACGGGGCGGAGUCUUCGGGGGAGGAGAUGAGUGGCACCAUUAGGACUCACAUGGGCCACCAGGGGGCACAACACCCAGGCCUACCACAGCACAGCAGGGUCAGCAACUUUGGGGAGGAUGGACAGGAUGGAAGUCUGGUGGACGGUUUAGACCUCCAGAGUCCCCUGACUUUAGAAGCCCUGAGCCAGCAGCAGCAGCAGGCGGCCAGACUGGGCCAGUGGGGGGAAGCAGCAGGCCCCUUCCUCCAGGGCAGUGUUGCCUUUCCUCUGCCCCAGCAGCUCGCCCACCUCGCUCAAUCUGGCAUGGCUCGCUUUCCCCCUCAGCUGCUCCGGGCUGCUACCUGGGGGCUUAGUGCCAAUAUGGACGACGAAGCCGUUUCCUCUGCCACCGCGGGUCCAACAUGCUCCAGGUACCCGGGCCUUUUGAGAGAAAUGCCCCCCCAGGAACAGCCGGAACCACGGGAAGCGACCGAAUUGCAGCCGCCGCCUCAGUCCCGCCUGCUCCAGUAUCGACAGUCCCAGACCCGUGCCUCCGGCGAGCCCUCGUCCUCCUUAGCCCCCCUGUCCAAUCACGCUGGCCCCUUCCCCGCAGGACUGUACUCCCACGAAACCGGCCGGAACCUCCUCAACGAAAACCUUCUCAACAACCCGGCUCUGCAGCAGCAGCAGCACCCAGGGAACCCCCUGUACAAUGCCGGUAGCUACCCGAAUCAGCCGCCAGCGCAGUCCGGCGGCAGCAGCCCCCCACCAUCGAACGUGAAGUAUCUCCUGCAGGAAGCGCAGUGGUCCCACGGCGGAGCGGCGUCCGUGUCCCAGCAGAACCACCUCCUAGGGAACCAGAGCCAUAGCCUUCUGUACGGACUGCCCCUGAUGGCUCACCCCAGCAGGCCGGAGCAGGUGCUGAUGCAACUCCAGCAGCAGCAGCAGCAGCAGCAGCAGCAACACCAUCAACAGCAACAGCAACAAAAUCAAGGCCCGGACUCCGAGUCCUACCACCCUCUGUCCCCUAGAACAUCAGCAGCCGCUGCCCUCCACAGCAUAGACGAGUAUGAACCGAGAGGUCCGGGCCGGCCCCUCUAUCAGCGCCGCAUCUCCUCCAGCUACCCGGAUGAAUCAUCUCCAGCCCACCCCUGUCAUCCCGAGCCCCAGGAUCACCCACAGCAACCGCACGGCUCCUACACCUACCCCCCCCACGACCACCUCUGGCCCAGCAACGGCGGGGGUCCCGGUCCAUUCCAGAACAUUCCAUGCAAUGGAGCUAGCAAACUAGUUCAGCAUCGUGAGCUUCUAGCUUCAAAGGUCCACCGUCAGACGGACGAGCAGGUGAAGGCGGAACCGGCCGGCGCGCAGCAGCAGGCGCAUCCACACAACCUCAACUCCCUUCAGCACCAGUUUCCCCCUCUAAUGCCCAAUAAGAAGCAGCAGCAGCCGCCACCGCCGCCCCCGCCGCCACCACAGCCUCCGACGGAGCCCACCCAGGGGGCUCCCAGUUUAGUAAAGCCGCCCACCAUGUCGUACGCGAGCGCCCUCCGAGCGCCUCCCAAACCGAGAGCCGUUCGACCCGAGCAGGUGAAGAAGAACAGCGACCCGCUGUCCCUCCUCCAGGAGCUGAGCAUCGGAAGCUCAAACGGUAGCAAUGGUUAUUAUUCUUACUUUAAAUGAGAGCCGACUCUCUCGCGUAGUAAGUGAAGCGAAACAAAAAAAAAAAGAAGAAAAAAACAAAAAAAUUGUAAAAGUUUUGUAAAAUUUCUAAAAAAAAAAAAAAAAAGAAAUAGUGGAAAGUGCAUUUUAAAGAAUUGUUUGUAAUAGUAGAUUUUAGAUUUUUCUUUUUUGGUUCUUUUCUCUUUUAUUUUAACUUCUGGUUCUUUUCUCUCCUGACAUAUCUGUGCAGAAAGUCAGUAUAUAUAUAGCAAAUGCAUUACUGGUAUAUAUAUAUAUACAUACUCAUUAUGUAUAUAUGAAUAUAUACAUUAUAUUAUCUACACUUGUACAUGUACGUAAUGCUUAGAAAACAAAAAUACAAAAAAAAUAAAAUAAGAUGAAAGAUCAAUAAAAAAAAAACCGACUUAUUUGACCAUUUAGCUAUCUGCUUAGUUUUCCUGCUUUAGUUGGUCUCUUUAAAUGCAUUUUUAGUUCUUCUUUUUUCUAACUCCUGUUUUUGUUUUUUUAACAACCAUUUGGUUUUAUAGUGAACACUGACCGUUCACACCACUGCAGUUUGUUGUAUUGCAUGAAAGCUAAGUGGUCGACUGAGUGAAACCGAAAGGAACAGUGUAUAGAAGUAGAUACAUUUUUCCUCUAAUCUGUACAGAAAAAGAAAAUAAAAGACUGAACUGUAUUCCAAAAAAAAAAAAAAAAAAAAUCAUAUUAGUAUUUGCAUUAUGGGUUUUUGUUUUGUUUUUGUUUGUUUUUUUUCUUUUCAGUUCUUAGUCAUCAUUAACUUAAAUAAUCUGGUGAUUUAGCGAUUAAUGUGAUUAUUUAUAGAAAAAAAAACAAACAAAAAAAAAAACUUUUCGCCAAGAUCUCACCGGGGAAAGUACAGCGUGAAGACGUCGGGACAGCUUUCAUUCCUCCUCUGUCGGCUUCAACCGCAACACGUUUCUUUGGGCGACUACAUGAACUGCUCUGCUUCGAUUUACUUUGACUUUUUUUGUUGUUUUUUUCUUUAAAAGAAUCUUUUAAAUGUAAAAUCGUUUCGCUGCUUUUGCUCAACUUUCAAUUUGGAUUUUGUGUUGCGUGGUUUGGAAUAAUCUGAUGGUCUGUGUAAGUAAACUGAGAGUUAUUAAAAUGUGUAUCGUAGGAUCAUUACUUCCAGUCAGAUGUUUUUGAACAACAAAAAAAAAAAUACUUGAGGAGUAAACCCAUGGCAAACAAAAUCGGAAAAUAUCGCAUCAAAAAAAGAAAAACGAGGACACUGCCACAGCCAUUAACCGCAGUUUGAGAUUGUAUACAUUAUUUUUUUAAUGUCUGGAUUUGGGGUGGUCCUAAAGGCAUGAAGAAAAUUGGUAGCAUUUAAUUUUUUUGCUUAUGAAAAAGUAGAUGAUUUUAUUAACAUUUUACAAACGUGUCUCAAUUUUAUUCAUUGCUUCAAUUUUAAAAAAAUAAAAUGUAAAAAUACAGCUACUUCAGAAAUCAUAAGACUUCUAGUUACAUAUUUUAUCUUUGUUUGUUUCAAAACAAAUGUUAAAUAAACACAACACUGCUAGCUAAAGUUUUACUACUAGCUAAAACUUCAGCUAGCAGUUUCACUUCUGGCUGUAUGUUCACUGCUGCAGCUAGCAGUUUUACUACUAGCUAAAACUUCAGCUAGCAGUUUUACUACUAGCUAAUCUUCAGCUAGCAGUUUUACUACUAGCUAAAACGUCAGCUAGCAGUUUCACUUCUGACUAUAUGUUCACUGCUGCAGCUAGCAGUUUUACUACUAGCUAAACUUCAGCUAGCAGUUUUACUACUAGCUAAUCUUCAGCUAGCCGUUUUACUACUAGCUAAACUUCAGCUAGCAGUUUUACUACUAGCUAAACUUCAGCUAGCAGUUUCACUUCUGACUAUAUGUUCACUGCUGCAGCUAGCAGUUUUACUACUAGCUAAACUUCAGCUAGCAGUUUUACUACUAGCUAAUCUUCAGCUAGCCGUUUUACUACUAGCUAAACUUAAGCUAGCCGUUUUACUACUAGCUAAACUUAAGCUAGCAGUUUUACUACUAGCUAAACUUCAGCUAGCAGUUUUACUACUAGCUAAACUAAACUUAAGCUAGUGGCUCCACUGGCUUAGGUUUUUUUGGCUACAAGUUUUAUAAACAAAACAUUUCUAAAAUUAAUGCCAGCUAUUGAAUUUUUUAAAAGCAAAAUUAUCGCUGUAAAAUAUUUAGGCAAUUCUUAAAACAGGCGUGGGCCGUUAUGCAGUGGUUUUAGUGCAUCAUUCAAUUCAACAUAGAAAUAUACAAUAUGAUCUAAUUAUUUAUAUUUUUGACAGAAAAGCAGCAGUUUCUACUGCUGCUACAGUGAAUAUUUAUAAAUCAUAUUAUUUGUAUUGAUUCUUACAGGCAUAAUGUUUUUUUCCACCAUUUUAUACUUUUCCCCCCCUGCUGUGAAUACAUUGAUAUUACCUGCUUAAUGAGUUGAACUACCUACUUAUUAAAAGGACUUUAUGCUGUAAGAGCGAUAUAAUGGAACAUCUUAGCAUUUUUAAACCAGAACUUCUUUAAAAUGUCAAUUACUUUAAUAUCGGCAACUGCCUAAUUGAUGAGGGCAGUUUUUAACUUUUACAUUGCUUAAAAAUUUUUAAAAAUACAUAUUUUUUAAUUAUAACAAACGUGACCCUGAGCAACGAGAACAGCUUCGUUUAGCAGAUUCUUUUAAUUUUGUUUCCAGAAGGUCAUUUUAAGUUGUUGUUCCAUUAGAAGAUUCUGUGUUGUUUUAAGGAAGAAAUAUACUUUCCAAGUUUGAGUUUUAUUUCACUGCAAUACAAAAAUUUAUAUCCCCCCCCCUCCCCCCACACACACACACAAAAAGAGAGGUGGAGAGACUGAAGGAGUUUGUUCAAAAACCUUUGACUGUUGUAUGUUUAUUAAGAUCUGCAUAAUUGAACAGGAAUGGUGAUGUUAUGGAAGUCAUGAUUUACAAAAACAUCAAUAAAACAGAGACGGCGCACUUUGAUUUAAUCGGAUUUGUGAAUCGCUGCUCCAGCAGCUGAUCGAUCGCUCUUCUGAAAACUACUCUGAUCUUUCUUCUUGCUCGCUCUAGAGAAACCACACCGUAGGGGAAGUUUUCGAGUUUAUUUCGAAUUUUGAGUCGCUGCUUUUCCUGCAAACUGAUCAACUUAAGAAAUCUCUUCACUGGUAAUCGUGGCUUUAUACUGUUGCAGUUAGUCUCUGAUGUAUUUCUUUUCUUUUUUUUAAAAAAAAAAGCCUUACAGCCAGAAACGAAGAUGUUUUAAAUGUUGAGCUCCGUGUCCUUUUCUUUUCAAGUUUUGACAUUUUAAAUGACACGAUUCUGAUCAUUUUUUAUUUUAUUUUUUUAAUUUAGCAGAUAAACACCUACUUGUAAAUAUACAUUUUGUAUGUAUUUACAAACGAGAACUUUGGGAGCGCCUCGAUUUUGUAGAAGCUGAUCAAUGAAGAGGCACGCCCUUUUUAAUUAUGCAAAUUCAGAAAAAAUAAAGAGAAAAUCUAGAAACGGUAGUUGCAUCAUCUUGUAACUUUGUAGGUUUUUCUUUUCGUUUUUCUCUUUUUUUUUUUUUUUUUUUUUUUUUUUAAGAAGCUGCCCGGCUUGUUUAGCAGAGGAGAAUUUCCGUUGCGCCUUUUUAAGACGACCUAAUUUACUGUACAAUAUGUAUUUUUUUAAGUACACCUUGCUGGAUUCGUCCUGUCAUGUUUUCUCACCACAGCUGUACAACAAUCAACACCUGGAUUCAUUCUUCAGUGUUUAGUCUGUUUUUGUUUUGUUUUUUUUGCUUCUUUUAUUGCAUGUUGCGAUGAACUUGUUGGGUUUUGAUCUCCCGUUCCUAUAGGUUUGUAAUGAUUUCUGGAUGAAAAACGGUAAAGGAAAAAAGAAAAAAAAUCGCUUUUGUUUUCAACCUGCAGAGUUAAAUUUUUGGUAUUUU